CACAAAAAGAAACAAUCCAUUUAAGAAAAAGAUAAAAGAAGAGAAGAAGCAGACCCUUUACCAGCAAAUUAAAACUCUCUUAUUAACAAGUUAUCAUGAAGGCAGAACAGAUUCUUGAAAUGGAACAGUGCUACAACCCCAACAACAAUGAGAACAAUGGGAGAAAUUCCCAUUAUACCCCUCAAUGGGAAUUCCCAUGCCCCCAAGCACCAGAUCUUCUUGGCAUCUCCCAUUUGAUCCCAACCCCUUCUGUUCCCUUUUCUAACGCCUACCUGGAAACGUCCGGUUUCUUCCCCUACUCAUUAGGGGGUCUCCUUGGAGAUGCCAUAUCCCAAGAUUCAAGUGCCACAGACUCUUUCCACUCUGUGCCUCAGAGGGGCUAUGGCUAUGUGAGGCCCUCAAGUAUCAGCUCUCUCUUUGAUGAGAAAGAUGAGGAGCUUAUAAACGAUGGUGCUUUUCACCAGAGUGUGGGUGGGAGUGAUUAUGGGAGCAAUGUGGGCUUUGAGUUAAAUAAUGCUUUCAUGGAAGGUUUUGACAAAAGUAGAGGUGAUAAGGAUGAUGCACAUUUUGCCUUGGACAAGCAAAGGAGAGUCCAACUCAAAGACAAGUUUCAAGCUUUGAGGAAGUUGAUUCCAAAUCCCACAAAGAAUGAUAGAGCAUCAAUAGUGGGGGAUGCCAUUGACUACAUAAAUGAGCUUAGGAGGGAAGUGACAAAACUUGAGGGUCUCAUAGAGAAGAAGAAGAAGAGACAGAACAAUGGAAAUUCAAUGAAGGAAAGGUUCUGGUUCAAGAAAACAUCUAAUGGCACAGAGGUGGACGUACGUGUGAUGGACGACGAAGACAAAGAAGUCACUGUUAAGAUUGUGCAGCGGAAGGGGAGCGAAAACAGCAGCUGUAUAAAUUGCCUUCUCCCAGUCUCAAGAGUUCUUGAUGAGCUGCAGCUUGGCCUUUGCCAUGUAGGAGGAGGGCUCAUUGGUGAUUGCCAUACAUUCCUCCUCAAUUACAAGGUCAUUGAAGGUACUACUACUACUACUUUGUGUGCCAGUGCCAUAGCCAACCUGGUCAUUGAGGCUAUGGAAAAAACAGUCACAUAAUUCUUCGCUUUAUGUAACACGCAU